GAGAGUCCCUAGGAUAUGAUCUGAGAGAACAUGGUCAUCUGCAAUAUUAUGAUAAUGAUUCAGAUGUACCAAAUUCCCAAACUCUCUCGCAAAUAUCAACAUAUAGUGAUGAAAUGGAAACAACCUUGCAGAAUGCAAAUGAAGUAUUGAGAAUGGUAACUGGUGGAAAGGCAAGCCCUUUGCGUGCACAGCUUCGCACAGAUAUUUCAUCAGCAGGGGAAAGUACCAUACGUUACUAUAAAAGAAAAGCAGAGGAGUCUGUGGAUUCAGUUCUCAAUCUCAUAGCUCCUGGACAGUCUUCAAACUUGAAGCAGCUAAUUACAGAAUCAACCAAAGAGCCCUCAGAAGAUGAUCUCAUUAACACCAUCCUGAGAAUAUAUGAAGAAACAACAAACAAUCAACUAUGCAACCAAAUCCUAUCGGUGGUGUCCAAGAAAUUAACCAAAGAUGAAAUUAUGCAACGACUACCAGGAAUAACGAAAUACAAAAUAGAUCAAGCCAGACUUACAUCAACUUCAAUAACUGCCCUGGACAUGAAAGACAGAGAAAGAAGACCACGAGAAAAAAUGGAUGAAGAAAAGAUGCAACACGCUAUCAACUUCUUUUUUGAUCCUUGUUUCACUCAAAUUGUUUCCUACGGCACUAGGGAGCUGGAGUUUGAUACUGGGGAAAAGAUCAGAAUUCCAGAUGUCAUUCGAACUGUUUGUCAUGCACAGAUUGUACAAAUGUAUUUGGCUUUCUGUAAAGAAAAUGAAUUCAAACCUUUAGGAAAAAGUUCACUUUUCAAAAUUCUAAAAGCCUGUGCUGCCUCAAAGAGAAAAAAUCUUCAUGGGCUGGAUAAUACAGCUGCAGAUGGAGUAGAGGCUUUCCAGAGUCUCCAUACGUUUUUGAAUACAUUAAAGAAUCAUUCUCUGAUGUCCGCUGAAUUACACAAAGAACUAACAACAGCUUUAACUUCAAGUCGCAUCUACUUAAAAACAGACUAUAAACUCCAUAUUCAAGAAUCAGACCUAUGCGCAGAUCAUUGUAUUAACUGGAGUUUGAGCGACAGUAAUAAUGAAGAUUUUCAAAAUCCGUGUGACCAUUUCCAUUCCUUAAAGUGUGACAGAUGUGAACUUUUGAAAGAUGUCUGUACUGAAUUGCAUAAGAUUGUCAACAAAAUGGACAAUGGUAUAGACAAAGAUGAAUACACCAACAUCAUAUCAGAAGCUAUGAAGAAAAUUCUCAGGUGGAAAUCCCAUAUCAUACGAACAGUGAACCAAGAUAGGUAUCGCACGGAUGUAAUUGACCAUCUAGAUAAAAAUCAAUGUGUAUUAGUUAUGGAUUGGGCGAUGAAAUUUGUUCCACAGAGAUAUCGGGAAAAGCAAACAGAUUGGUUUGGUCAAAGAGGAAGAAAUUGGCACGUAAUUGUCUGCAUAUAUACGGCUGAAGAUGGAUCAAUUAGUCAUAGGACUUUCACUCAUGUGUUUGAUGGUGUCAAACAAGACUGGUUUUGCGUAGCAUCAUUGCUGGAAGAUGCGAUUUGUGCAAUAAAAGAUCAACUGCCACAUAUUCAAAAUAUAAGUCUACGUUCCGACAAUGCAGGAUGCUAUCAUUGUGGAUUACUGUGGCUCUGUUUACCAGAAAUCAGCAAAAAAACAGGAAUACAUAUCAAGGAGUACUGUUUUUCUGAAGCACAAGCUGGGAAGUCAUUUUGCGAUUCCAAGAUAGCACACAUGCGAACAAAAAUGAAAACCUGGGUGGCAAGCGGAAACAACAUUGUCACAGCCUCAGACAUGAAAACGGCUUUAGAUUCAGGGAAAGGUGUUGCUGGUUGUCAAAUUGCUGUAUGUGUUAUAGACACUUCCAAACAAACCAUGAAAACCCAUAAAUUAAAAGGUGUAAAUGAUUACAGCUAUGUGGGAUUCCAAAGAGAUGGGAUAAUUUUGAAAAAAGCAUACAAUAUUGGUAAAGGACAAUUCAUUUCCUAUGAAACACUGGACAAGUUAGCUUAUGGUAAACAAAAAUACCAUGAAUCAGGUUGUACAAUCAUAUCAGGAUUUAGUUUACCCUUAAGAUUAACUGGAAAAAUUGAAGGGCGACAAAAGUCAAUGAAUCAAGAGUUAUUUAGUGAAACAACUAAUAUUCAGGAGGCUGUUAAUAAUUCACCAAACUGCAUUGUAAAAGAAGAGGAACAUGUAGAUUCCUUCCCUACAACAUUUCACUGCACAGUUGAAGGAUGCGUAAGAAAAUUUGCUACUUUCAAAGGACUUGAAAAUCAUUUAUUAAUUGGCAAGCAUUCCCUGCAGCUACAGAAGGAGACAACAUUUGAUAAAAUCAAACACCAGUGGGUUAAACUGUGUAAUGAACUUGUGUUUUCAAGCAAAGUGAAGACCGUGUCAUUUGAGUGUAGUUCCAAUGACCUUCAAGUGAAUACUAUGGGAUGGGGUUUAAAGGAAAACAAGACAAUUUCAAGAUUUCCUGAAAGUGUCAAGAAUUUUCUUGUACGCAAGUUUGAAGAAGGUAAGACAACUGGGAAAAAAUGCAACCCUAUAGAAGUUGCUGAGGAUAUGAAAAGAAAGAAAGAUGUAAAUGGUGAACAUGUUUUCAAAGUUAAUCAGUGGUUAAACCCCACCCAAAUAACCUCAUUUUUUUCGCGCCUAGCCAGCAAAGAUCCACAAAUUCAUUUGUUGAAGACUGAAAUUGAUGAUGAUGAUUUGUUUGCUGCACUAGCUACCAUUGACGAGAAAAAUGUGAUUGAUAACAUUGAGUGAUUUAUAUCACAAUACUAUUUUGUAAUGCAACAUGAAAAUUUAUUACUUGUAUAUAUGAAGUGUUAGAUGAGAGGUCAAAGGUCAAAAUUGUUCAUUCAGUGGAAGAGCU